CUUCAGCGCAACGGGCCGGUUCCUGGGCGGCAUUCAGCGAUGACAGUUUGAUCUCUCACGAAUACCGUUUUGCACCCUCGUACACAGCGGCGCUUUACGCACAGCAUGCUUCGAUUGGACCAAACGGGACCGUGGCGCACUGAAACGGGACUUGGAAAGUUACUUAAACCGAAUGAAGCUUAUUCUGCAUCUGGGCGGACUCAGUGAACGGGAGGUUCUUCACUGCAAAAGACUCGUCUUGGGGAUAACAAAUAGCAACGCGCCAGGAACAGAACUAACUUUGGUUUACUGGAAUGAGAAUAGCACAGCGUCAUUGAUUAUGAGCGAAUUAUCACCCUUCUAAUCAUAUCCCGGGGACCGUUAUCAACAGUUCGUGAACUAGAGGCGUUUGCGCUCUGGAUUGGGAAUAUGCUUAUUGAUCAAACAUUUAUUAAGUGAAUGCAUGAGAGUAGAGACAGUGGAUGAAAGGACAAAAGUCUGUUAUCAGUCUGCUGUGCUUUGAAGUCGUUGACUGUUAAAACUGAAGUUUUAACAUACUGUUCACAAACUCAUACCUACAGAGGAGUUUAACAGUAUUGAAGUUUAAGAUAUAAAUGUGAAGGAUUAGUCUCUUGAGUCGCACAAGACCCGCCAGAGACACUCCAGAACAUUACGCGCACAACUGUGGCUGAACUGUGGAGGAGCAACAUGUACCCGGCGUGCCGGACAAACGCGUUCAGUAUCUCUCCAUCUGCCUCUCUGGCAAUGUUUGGGAAUUCGGGUAAAGCCAGAAAGAGACCCUGUUGGAUUGUAAUAUUGCUGUCGGCGCUCCUACAUCUGGCGUCAGCACAAGAUGACGUUCCUCCAUACUUUAAAACAGAGCCUGUACCGAGUCAGUUGCACCUGGAGAGGAACCGGUUGGUUCUGACCUGUAUGGCCGAAGGGAGCUGGCCUUUAGAGUUUAAAUGGAUCCACAACGACACCGAGAUCACGCGGUUCUCGCUGGAGUACAGGUAUUUAAUACCAUCUCUGGACAGAUCACAUGCUGGCUUCUAUCGGUGUAUUGUGAGGAACAGAGUCGGAGCAUUGUUACAGAGGAGAACCGAAGUACAAGUGGCAUAUAUGGGAAGUUUCGAGGAAGGGGAACGGGCCCAAGCCAUAUCCCAAGGAGAGGGAGCUGUAAUACCAGCGCCUCGCAUUCGCUGUUUCCCUCAACCACAGGUUACCUGGUUCAGAGACGGACGCAAAAUCCCUCCCAGCAGUCGGAUAGCCAUUACUCUGGACAAUACGCUGGUCAUCCUGUCCACCGUGGCCCCAGAUGCUGGAAGAUACUACGUACAAGCCGUAAAUGACAAGAACGGUGAAAACAAGACUGGCCAGCCCAUAACACUGUCUGUGGAAAAUGUUGGUGGUCCUGCAGACCCCAUCGCUCCCACCAUUGUCAUCCCGCCGAGGAACACCAGCGUCAUCUCCGGGACCUCUGAAGUCACCAUGGAGUGUGUGGCCAAUGCUAGGCCGCUAAUAAAGCUGAGCAUCAGUUGGAAGAAGGACGGUGUUCCGGUGAGGAGUGGACUGAGUGAUUUUAACCGUAGACUGACGGUGUUGAGUCCAGUGGUCAGUGAUUCUGGCUUCUACGAGUGUGAAGCUGUCCUCCGCAGCAGCAGCGUUCCCUCUGUCAGCGCUGGAGCGUACUUACAUGUGCUCGAACUGCCACAGUUUGUGAAGGAACCAGAAAAACACAUCACAGCUGAGAUGGAAAAAGUAGUGGAUAUUCCCUGCCAGGCCAGAGGUGUGCCUCAGCCUGAUAUUGUGUGGUACAAGGACGCAGUACCCAUAAGCCCUGUGAAGACCCCGCGCUACAGAGUGCUGGCAGGAGGUAGUCUCCAGGUUAACGGCCUUCUGCCCGAUGACACCGGAAUGUUCCAGUGCUUCGCCCGCAACCAAGCCGGAGAGGUGCAGACCAACACCUACCUCGCCGUUACGAGCAUAGCACCGAACAUCACGGCAGGGCCUUCCGACAGCACUGUGAUUGACGGCAUGUCAGUUAUCCUGCACUGUGAGACCUCAGGAGCGCCCCGUCCUGCCAUCACCUGGCAGAAAGGAGAACGAGUGCUGGCAAGCGGUUCAGUUCAGCUCCCGCGGUUUACUCUCCUGGAGUCAGGAAGUUUACUCAUAAGCCCCUCCCACAUAUCAGACGCCGGCACCUACACCUGCAUGGCCAGCAACUCCCGUGGCAUAGACGAGGCCUCGGCCGACCUCGUGGUCUGGGCACGUACACGCAUCACUAAUCCUCCUCAGGAUCAGAGCGUCAUCAAAGGAACAAAAGCCACCAUGACCUGCGGUGUGACACAUGACCCCAGCGUCUCAGUCAGGUUUGUUUGGGAGAGAGACGGUCAGGUGAUCAUCCCUCAGUCUCUGCCUCGACUGCGGCUGGAUGUCAAUGGGACGCUGCACAUCUCUCAGACCUGGUCAGGUGACAUCGGCACUUACACCUGCAGAGUGACAUCGGUGGGCGGCAAUGAUUCCCGCAGCGCGCACUUACGCGUGAGGCAGUUGCCUCAUGCCCCUGAGAACCCCAGCGCAGUGUUAAGCACCACAGAGAAGAGAGCUAUAAACCUGACGUGGGCCAAACCUUUUGACGGGAACAGUCCUCUCAUCCGCUACAUUCUGGAAGUGUCUGAAAACAAUGCUCCUUGGACAGUCCUGUUGGCCAACAUUGAGCCGGAGUCGACUGCUGUAACGGUCAACGGGCUCAUCCCGGCGCGCUCAUACCAGUUCCGCCUGUGUGCCGUCAACGACGUUGGCAAGGGCCAGUUCAGCAAGGAGACUGAGCGGGUGUCUCUUCCAGAGGAGCCACCCAGCGCUCCGCCUCAGAACGUUAUUGCCAGUGGCCGCACCAACCAGUCCAUCAUGAUUCAGUGGCAGCCGCCACCAGAAAGCCACCAAAAUGGCAUCCUGAGAGGAUACAUCAUCCGGUAUCGUCUGACCGGUCUGCCUGUGGAUAUCCAGUAUAAAAAUAUCUCUAACCCUGAUGUCACCAACCUGCUGCUGGAGGAUCUCAUCAUCUGGACUAAUUAUGAAAUUGAGGUGGCGGCAUACAACGGAGCUGGACUGGGUGUUUACUCCCAUAAAGUUACAGAGUGGACACUCCAGGGAGUUCCCACCAUCGCUCCAGGCAAUGUGAAAGCAGAGCCCGUCAACUCCACCACAAUACGCUUCACCUGGACAGCCCCGAACCCGCAGUUCAUCAACGGCAUUAACCAGGGCUACAAGCUGUUAGCAUGGGAGCCAGGAAAGGAAGAUGAGAUGAAAAUAGUGACGGUUCGGCCAAACUUCCAGGACAGUGUGCAUGUGGGCCACAUCACCGGCUUAAAGAAGUUUUCCGAGUACUUCACCUCUGUGCUCUGCUUCACCACACCAGGAGACGGUCCUCGCAGUCCUCCACGACGUCUGCGCACUCAUGAAGACACCCCUGGUGCUGUGGGUCACCUGAGCUUCACUGAGAUUCUAGACACUUCUCUCAAAGUCAGCUGGAGAGAGCCCAAUGAGAAGAACGGCGUUCUGACUGGGUAUCGUAUAUCAUGGGAGGAGUAUAACCGUACUAACACACGGGUUACACACUACCUGCCUAAUGUUACUCUGGAAUAUAGAGUCACUGGACUGACCGCUCUCACCACAUACACCAUUGAGGUGGCUGGAAUGACCUCCAAGGGUCAGGGUCAGCUGUCGUCUUCAACCAUCUCUUCAGGAGUACCGCCAGAGCUUCCUGGGCCUCCCACAAACUUGGCCAUCUCAAACAUUGGCCCUCGAUCAGUAACCUUGCAGUUCAAGCCAGGAUACGAUGGCAAGACCUCAAUUUCUCGUUGGCAGGUGGAGGCCCAGGUGGGUGUGAUUGGAGAGAAUGAGGAUUGGGUGAUGGUCCAUCAGCUGGCCAACGAGCCUGAUGCUCGCUCUUUGGAGGUCUCCGGCCUCAACCCCUACACCUUUUAUAGGUUCCGUAUGCGUCAGGUGAACAUAGUGGGCACCAGUCCACCCAGCCAGCCUUCCAGAAAGAUCCAGACCCUGCAGGCUCCUCCUGAUAUGGCUCCUGCAAAUGUCACCCUGCGGACGGCCAGUGAAACCAGCCUCUGGCUUAGAUGGGUGCCUCUUCCUGAAUGGGAGUACAAUGGGAACCCAGAUUCGGUGGGUUACCGUGUGCAGUACAGCAGGACCGGAGCUCAGUCCAGAGCCCUGCUGCAUGUCAUUGCAGAUCGCCUGGAGAGAGAGUUCACCAUCGAGGACCUGGAGGAGUGGACGGAGUAUGAGGUCAGAGUUCAGGCCAUCAACGGCAUUGGAGCAGGACCCUGGAGUCAACCUGUACGGGGAAGAACCAGAGAGUCCGUCCCCUCUUGUGGCCCCACGAAUGUUUCUGCAUUUGCCACUACAUCCAGCAGCAUUCUGGUCCGCUGGUUUGAAGUUCCCGAACCCGACCGGAAUGGACUCAUUUUGGGCUAUAAGGUGGUGUAUAAGGAGAAGGAUUCAGACUCUCCUCUUCAGUUCUGGACGGUGGAAGGAAACGCCAGCCACAGUGUUCAGCUGACCGGACUGGGAAAGUACGUUUUGUACGAGAUCCAGGUGCUCGCCUUCACCCGCAUUGGAGACGGCAGACCCAGCACUCCUUCAAUCCUGGAGCGAACCCUUGAUGAUGUGCCCGGGCCACCUGUUGUCAUUCUUUUUCCUGAAGUCCGGACCACCUCGGUCAGGCUCAUCUGGCAGCCACCUUCCCAGCCCAACGGCAUCAUACUGGCCUAUCAGAUCACAUACCGCCUGAACUCCACCAAUAGCAACACAGCCACGUUUGACGUCUUGAACUCCAGCGCACGGCAGUAUACCGUCACCGGACUGAGGCCGGAAUCCGUGUACGUGUUUCGUAUCAGAGCGCAGACACGCAAGGGAUGGGGAGAGGCAGCCGAGGCUUUGGUGGUCACCACCGAGAAGAGAGCUCGACCACAACCCACCAGCCGUCCCACAGUCCCGCAGGAAAACGUACAGGCACGCAGCGUGCUGCUGUCAUGGGAACCCGGCAGCGACGGUUUAUCUCCGGUCCGGUAUUACACGGUUCAGGUCAGAGAGCUGCCUGAGAAGAACUGGACGGUUCAUUCUGCAUCUGUUAGCCACGAGUCCAGCUCCUACAUUGUUGACAGACUGAAGCCUUUCACCUCCUAUCAGUUCAGAGUGAAGGCCACUAAUGAUAUUGGAGACAGUGACUACAGUGAAGAGAGUGAAGCCAUUACAACACUACAGGAUGCUCCAGACGAAUCUCCCACAAUCUUGACUGUCACGCCACACACCACAACCUCUGUGCUGAUUUGCUGGCAGCCCCCUCCUGAGGAGAAGAUUAAUGGGAUCCUAUUGGGCUUCAGAAUCCGAUAUCGGGAGUUGCUUUACGAUCGGCUCCGAAGUAUCAGCGCUCAUGCCAUCAGCAGCCCUUCAAUCAGCUGGGCAGAACUCACAUCUCCAUACGGCAUACGGAACCUCAGCGAUCCCUCCCUCACUCAGUAUGAGCUGGACAAUCUUACGAAACACAAGCGCUAUGAAAUCAGAAUGAGUGUCUAUAAUGCUGUUGGUGAGGGACCAACUAGCUCACCACAAGAAGUCUUUGUUGGUGAAGCAGUUCCCACUGCCCCACCUCAAAAUGUGGUCAUCCAAUCAGCUACUGCCACGCAAUUUGAUGUGACGUGGGACCCGCCUCCACUGGAGACUCAGAAUGGAGAUAUUCAGGGUUAUAAGAUUUUCUUUUGGGAAUAUCAGCGGAAAAAUGAGACCGAGAAACUGCGGACUCUCUUCCUGCCAGAGGGAGGGGUGAAGCUCAAGAAUCUAACGGGCUACACCACCUACAUGAUCAGUGUUGCUGCUUUCAAUGCAGCCGGUGAUGGGCCACGCAGCCCACCGACCAGAGGAAGAACACAGCAAGCUGCUCCCAGCGCUCCCAGUUUCAUCCAUUUCAGCGAGCUCACCACCACCUCCGUCAACGUGUCGUGGGGCGAGCCUGUCUUCCCUAACGGCAUCAUUGAGGGUUACAGACUUAUCUACGAGCCCUGCAUGCCUGUUGAUGAGUCCUCAGUGGCCUGUGUCGACUGUCUUCACUCCCCCUCCCCCCCAGGCGUCAGUAAGAUCGUGACGGUGGACGUGAAGGGGAACGCCCCCCUGUGGCUGAAAAUCAAAGACCUGGCGGAUGGCGUCACGUACAACUUCCGCAUUCGCGCCAAAACCUUCACCUACGGUCCGGAGGUGGAGGCCAACAUCACCACAGGACCUGGAGAAGGAGCCCCGGGCCCUCCCGGUGAGCCCUUCAUCUCUCGAUAUGGCUCUGCCCUUACCAUCCACUGGACCAAUGGGGAUCCCGGGCGAGCACCUAUCACCCGCUAUGUUAUUGAGGCCAGGCCCUCAGAUGAAGGCUUGUGGGACAUCUUAAUCAAGGACAUUCCCAAGGAAGUGACAUCAUACACCUUCAACAUGGAUAUCUUGAAACAGGGAGUCAGCUAUGACUUCCGGGUCAUCGGGGUGAAUGAUUAUGGGUACGGGUCUCCAAGCCAACCGUCACCAUCUAUAUCAGCACAAAAAGUGGCUCCGUUCUAUGAGGAAUGGUGGUUUCUGGUGGUGGUGGCUCUUGUCGGCCUCAUUUUCAUCCUGCUUCUAGUUUUCAUCCUCAUCAUCAGAGGCCAGAGCAAGAAAUACGCCAAGAAAUCGGACUCAAGCAACAAUUCUAACUGCAAUGCAUUGACACAUGGAGAGAUGGUCAGCCUGGACGAGAGCCGCUUCCCUGCCUUGGAACUGAACAAUCGACGACUGUCUGUCAAAAAUUCCUUCUGCCGCAAAAAUGGCGUCUAUACCAGGUCACCUCCUCGACCCAGUCCAGGCAGUCUGCACUACUCGGAUGAGGAUGUCAGCACCAAGUACAAUGACCUGAUCCCAGCAGAGAGCAGCAGCCUCACAGAUAAACCAUCAGAGAUCUCAGAUUCACAGGACAAGACUCGCUGUGCUGAAACUUUCUCAAAAGUAGGAUACAGCCCUGCAGAAAAGGAGGCGCUUGUUUUCUCCUUUAAGACUGGGGGCCUCCAUACUCUUCCAACUCAAAGGGGCAGUGACAGCGAAUACGAGGUGGACCCCAACCGACAGAAGACCCAUUCGUUUGUCAACCACUACAUCAGCGACCCCACCUACUACAACUCCUGGCGCAGGCAGCAGAAGGGAAUCUCCCGAGCACAGGCCUACAACUACACAGAGUCAGAGUCUGGAGAGCCCGAACCCUGCGCCCCUCCGCCGCCUCUGCCCCCUCUACCCCCAUUCCCCCCGCAGCUCAGUUCCCCUACGCCCCAGAGCCAGUCCCAGACUGGCAGUCUGUUUAGACCCAAGGGCAGCCGGACUCCCACUCCAUCCCAGCAGAGCUCCAACCCACCCAGUCAGCAUGGCACACUUUAUCGGCCCCCAAGCAGCUUGGCCCCAGGCUCCCGGGCCCCCAUCGCUGGCUUCUCCUCCUUUGUUUGAUCAAAUGAAGAUAUCGGUACAUGGAAAUUCAAAACAAAGGCAGGGGAUCUCUUACUUUCCCCAACGUCUGGUCAAACUCACGUCUAUAGAAGAAUGACAACAAACAUCAGCCCUGGAUCUGUUGUGCUUUACUUGUCAUUGCAAGCUGAUUUUUAUUUUUGAAUACUUUCUUUGAUCACACAGUUUGUUUGUUUUUUCGUUUUGUUUCUUUGCUUGUGUGUGCUCAGCGUGUUUUGCUUAUAAUGAAAGACAAUCACUUGGAAAGACACAUAAACGCAUCGGUGAGCUUUGUUUGUUUUGGUUUGGCUUUUUUGUGCCGUCUGAACAAACUGCAUGACUUUUUUAUUGUUCAAACAAUUCCUUUCGUUUGCUUUUUCAUUUUGUUGUUAUUGGUUCUUUUGUUUAACUGAGUUCCACAAAAGAGUACAACACUAACACUAAGUUACGAAUGCUGGACAAAAGCACCGACACAUGAAAAAGAAUUUAAAAAGACUAUGGAGAAAAUCUCAGCACUUGGACCACAUCAAGAAAAACGCUAAAUGGUGGUUUUGAUUGUGGUAUUUUUGUUCUUACACAGAUGACAAAGUACUGCGGUGAUUACGAGAGGUUAAAGUUCAUUUGACAACAGACUGUGAUCUGAUAAAGACCCGCCUGCACUUAGCACAUGUUUGAGUUGGAAAGCCAGCAUCAUUUAUUGAUGUCACCAGUGCUCUGAAAAGGCCAAAGGUCAAAUUAAGUGCUUCAUGCUAAUCUGUGUAUUGAAUGUUUUUUCCAGAGGUAAAAUGUAGAUUGUUCGUUAAGUUGAGCACGAGUAUAUUUUCCCUCGUGAAGCUUAUGGAAGGCCAAAUAUGUAAGAGUCUGAUUCACUAUGAUAUUAUUAUACUAUUGCUCUGGAUUCAUUCAGAUUCAGAGUCAUUCAUGUCAGCAGCGGGUGUGUAUGUGUGUAUGUGUGUAUGUGGUGGGCGGGGUCAUUUGUUGCUCCUUUUGAUUUGACUCUAUGAUGUCAUCCUGAGCUUCAGGUUGCACUUCCGCCGUGCAAACGGUAACGUCGGACACUAAUGUCAGUAAACAGCAGCGGAUAUCGGAUAUUUGCCAGCGUCUCAGACGGAGCUGGAUGUCAAGCAUAACCACCGCUCAGAUUUUGCCUUUCCUGAUCAUCUGGCAAGACAUAACGUCAUAGAAGCUGACGACAUUUCAAAGAUUGUGCAACCAAGCAAAUGUAUUGUACCUGUGAACUUCGGAUUUUUCACCACUUCGCUUUGGCGCGGCUAUUCAGAGUUACUGAAGAUAAAAGAAAAUGGACUAAGGGACCCAACACGACGCCAGCAGAGAACUAAACGGCACUUGCACAGCUUACUUGUGAGGUUUAAUGAUGUUGUUUGCUCUUUCUUUUCCGUGAAGUGAUUUUACUGUCUGUAUAAACAAGGUCAAUCACAUGCUCAAGUCUGCCUGAACACAGUAUAUUCCUAAAUAAAUUAUGUUUUCUGCAAACGUUAUUGGUUUGAGCAUUGAAGAGCACGAGAAAUGAGCAUUCAUGGGUUAUGAGUGACUAACGUAAGAGAGAAAGUGGUUCAAUCUAAGUGAAAGUGUCCUUAAAAUUGCAUUACUUUAGCUGUUGAGACUUUACCACAGACACGAUGACUAUGUCUGAAUAUCUGAAUAUUAUUGGUGCUAGUCUAGCUGGUAAACCAGCAUAGCCAAAUGAAGCUGGAUAACCAUCAUGAGAUUUCCAGUCAAACUGGUUGACCAAUGAAGAAAAUUCUUUUAAAAUUUACUCCCAAUCAUGUCGUUCCAAACCUGUAUGAACGGUAGCACAACAGUUUUGGUUCCAAAUUUACUUUCAUUGGAUAAAAAAUACAAUGGAAGUCAACAGGAAAUGAAACACUCUGGUUAGUGUGGGUUAAUUUGUAGUGGGAAACUUGUUGCAUCUGGUUAAUACAGAGUCAUUUGGCAUUGAGAGCUACAGAGGUGGCCACACAUUGCAACGGUGAUUCAAAAGAUCACAUUAGUUUACCAUUUUAGGAAUAACUCCAUGUGGACCCGGGGCUUAAGGGGCUUCAGACAGGUGAGGAUAAAUACACAUAGCAUUUAAUUAGAGUUGUGUAUUUUUAGGCUGUAUUUUUAUCUUUAUUGAACAAAGAUUUUUCUAGGUAGGAUGUGUUCUUGGAUGUGUUCCUAGAUUUUUUGUUGGUCCUGGAACAACAUUCAGGUCCAACGAACGUAUUCCAAACUCUGUUUAAUAGGAAUAUACCUUGGCCAAGUGUCUGCAAUUGCGUCCUUGCAAAUACGUUUCAAACUUAACCCUAACUCUGAAGUCUGAUAGGACUGAUAGGAUUGUUGAACCAGGACCAACAAAGAUUUCAUAUUUUUGCGUUCUUUUGCACUUACAAUGUGUGAAAAUCCAUCUUAACCCUCUGAUAAACAUAUAUGUGGCCUGUCACUCAAAGUUUCCCAUUCUGUUGCUCUGAUUGGGUUAAUGAGUGUGGAUAAAUUGGAUCAGCAGACCUGUGAAAUCCUGUUGUGUUGGAAGCAUCUGUUGCCUCCAGGCAGCCUCAGGUUCAGAGAGAAUAAAGCCAAUCAGUCAUGAUUCAAUUUAUAUUCUGAUUAUCUAAUUAGAAAAGGACCAUUUAUUUAUCUUAUUUCCAUAAUUGUAUCUCCUUUUUUUGUGGUGACAACUGCAAAAGUGAUACAGUAUGAACUCUUUCCUCUUUUUUUCAUCCUAAGUAUGGCACGAAUGAGACAGAAACUCCUGUAUUUAUACAUUAAUGGUGUCAGAGGCAGAACAGGACAGGAAUGUAUCUAAAUGGAGGGAGAUUCCACAUCAUAUUCAUUCCAGCGUAAGUCCGUUUUGUGUCCUAUUAAACCUAAUUUCCCGCUUAACGCUAAUUUUCUUGAUUUAAAUAUAGCGGAUGAACUAAUAUAACAGUAAAAUGGCAAAUGUUGGGUCAUAAAACUGGUCCUAAGAACAUGAUAUCAGUGGAGGAACUUUCAAAGUGUGGAGGAAAAUUCUUCAUGUUCUUCACCAUAAGAAAGGUCUAAUCAAACACAGGUGUUUCUGAGCACUGCAUAUCUGAAGUCAACUGAAAUGGCUUCUGACAGAUAAAUGAUUAAUGCGCACCAGUCAAACAGAUAUAAAUGGAAAAUGUGCUUAUAUAAUCUUGGGUUAUAUAAGGAUUGUGAAUGCAGCAUGUCUUGGAGUUCCCAGGCAUUAGAUAUGCUAUGGGUUCAGAUGUUAGUCUCAACGGAAAUAAAUUAUCUGAACUUCUGACUUCGAUAUAUCAACCUACAAACAGAUUAUGCUUUUUUUUUUCUUUUUUUCUCCAUAAUGCAAUCAGGUCAAAAUGAAGUUAGCAGUUAGCAAUGUGUCCAACUUAUGGGCUGCAAUUCAAUGUUUCAUUCAAAGGUGCUUGUGAAGCUCUGCAGCUGUGAUUCUUGUUUAAGCCAUCUGCAGUCACUUCCUGUUUGAGGUUUCUUCUUUGAAUUUUGUGUUAAUUAUUAAAUUAUAUUAUGUCCCUCUUUCACAGAAGGGUAAUAUGCACCUUGUUUAGAUCAAACGACUCGAUAAAUGCUUUUGAUGGCAAUUAUAGAGUAGAGUUUUACCACUGGAUAUGAGCCCAUUGAUCAGCCCGUUUGCUAGCACUAUAAAGGGCAUAUCAGGAAGUAAUCGCCUUUUUGAAAAGUAAUGGGAAUUUUUUGACCACUUUGGCGGCAUUUUAAAAGCAGUUUUGAAGGGAAGAUUGACUGUAAAAACUUUGUAAAUGUGUGGUGGUUUUACAACUCUAUUAUAUACAAAACACAUGUAUUCCCGCCUUAAACUUUAGGUGGGCCAUUCGGAUUUCCAUAUUUGGAUUUCCAUAUCUUACCUGCAAUAUUCGUACUUGGAUGUUAUUGGUUCAUUUGAAUGUUAUUUUGUCCGUUUUUGGUUAUUAUGCUCUUUUUGAUCCCUGAUGUGAUGUAUGGUUGGACUGUGUGUGUGGAUGCAAUGAGACAGUGAGAAUGAGUGAAUGUUUAUAUCUGCUACUAUUUUUUUCUUCGCUGCUUGGUUUAGGGAGAUUUAGCGUGCAGAUAUGUUGUACAAAAUAAGCUUAUGUUUGUCUCUUUUUGUGUGUGAUGGUGGGAAUUUGAACACAUUUUGCCUUUCAGAUCUGUGUAGAACUUAAACCAAAAGAAGUGUUUUGAAAAUAGAGAGCUGAAAUGAAGGUCUAUUCAGAUGUACGUUUAUUUUUUAUCAUGUUGAGAUGUUUAAAGGGCAUGCAAUUCAUUGUAUGCAAGUCUGCAAAUAUGACCAUAUGACCAUACUAUGAAUCACCAGGUUGAAGAGGAUGUAUGUGGUUGGGUUUGUCACAUUUGUUUAGUGUGGUUAUUGCGUCAACAUCAGUCCACUUGGUAACUGUAACCACAGCUGUAAUCAAACAGAAAUUUAGCUUUUUUUUUCUAUUAUUAUUUUUUUUUUUUUAUUCGCAGACAAAAGGUGAUCAUAGCUACUUUUGUAAAGACAUAUGUUGGCCUUGUUUUAGUUAAAUUUAUUAUUAUUAUUAUUAUUUUUAAAAUAUGAUAUUUGUUAAUUUAAAAUGUGUUUAUUUUUGUCUUUUCCUGUGGUGUGAUUUACUUCAUCAGUAUUAUACCAGUGCUGCAUCUAAGGAUGUUUAAAAAUGCCUACAAUUGGAUAUAUUGUAUUAUAAUGAGUGUUUAGUGCCAAGGUUGUACUCUGUGAUCAAAUAUGUAUAUUCUGUACUAGACAAUAUAUAUAAAAAGAAACAAUCACUUGAAGGAGCUCUUGAGCAGUCAACGAUCAUCUGGCUUUGGGAAAAAUUCUUUGUCUUUAGAAAAAUAAAAAUAAAAAUAAGAUGACCUGAUGACAGAAUUAUAUUAUUUUCUAAAUAAAAUGAAACAAAG